AUGGGAGCCCUCACCGAGACCUUUGGUGUGCAUAUUGAUGCCAGCAACUCGUUCGUGCAAGCAGCCGUUUAUGGCUUCUUGCUCGUAGGCAUUGCAUCUUUUGCAGCACCCGUCAUCAGCACUGUCCGAGUCCUCCUCAGCUUGUUUGUGCUGCCAGGCAAGUCGCUCAGUACCUUCGGACCCCGCGGUACCUGGGCCCUCAUCACUGGUGCCUCGGACGGCAUUGGCAAGGAAUUCGCCCUGUCCCUCGCAGCCAAAGGCUACAACCUCAUCCUCGUCUCGCGCACGCAAUCGAAGCUGGACUCCCUCUCCGCCGAAAUCACCUCGAAAUAUGGCCCCAAGAUCGCCGUCAAGACGCUGGCCAUGGACUUUGCCCAGAACAAGGAUGCCGAUUACAACAACAUGAAGAAGCUGAUUGAAGGCCUCGAUGUCAGCAUUCUGAUCAACAACGUCGGACUGAGCCACAGCAUUCCUGUGCCAUUUAUCGAGACACCCAAGCAAGAAAUGACGGACAUCAUCAUGAUCAACUGCAUGGCUACACUACGCGUGACACAGCUCGUCACUCCCGGCAUGGUCUCUCGCAAGCGCGGUCUGGUCCUAACCAUGGCUUCCUUCGGAGGCUUCUUCCCCACCCCGCUCCUCGCAACCUACUCUGGCAGCAAAGCAUUCCUCCAGCAAUGGUCCACGGCCCUCGCAUCCGAGCUAGAACCCCACGGCGUCUACGUGCAAUGUGUCCAGUCUCACCUGGUGACCACGGCCAUGUCCAAGAUCCGCAAGACAUCUGCCCUCGUGCCGAACCCAAAGCAAUUUGUCAGUGCUACGCUGAGCAAGGUUGGCAGGAGUGGAGGCGCGCAGGGUGUGGCGUUUACAAGCACGCCUUACUGGAGCCAUGGUCUCAUGCACUGGUUCCUCUCACGCUUCCUGGGUGAGCGCUCGCACACGGUUGUCAAGGUCAACCGAGGCAUGCACGAGAGUAUCCGAAAGCGUGCGCUCAGGAAGGCUGAGCGUGAAGCAAAGAAGCAGUAA